AUGGAAGAAGGCCGUCGAUUGGAGAACCUGAGUUGGAGACUUUGGACACGUGAGACCUUCUGCGUGGAACCGGAAACAUCUAGCGAUACUUCGGUUUUGCCACUCCUCCGUCAGGAAGCGGGUGACUUGCCAGAACUUUCCGCCAGUGUCGAAUCUGCUGCUUCGGAUCAGGCGGAGCGGAUAGAACACCACAUCAAGCGUCCCAAGUCUGACUACCGGCCUGCAGUUGUUCGUGAAGAUUCUUUGUUGAGCCUCGGCAGAGGCAAGGAGAAGCACAUCACAUCACUAGGCCUGGAGCGAAUGGUUCUCAACAUCAAAGAGAAGAGGAAUCUUGAACCCUUGUCCCCCAUGACUACCGUUGCCCCUCCCGUCGUCGACAUCACCCCUCGACCGUCCACUCCCACUCCUACUCCUCCCUCCGUCUCUACCGCCAAACGAACUCCUCCCUAUCCUAUCAGCCACCACCAACAGCCCAACCAGUCUACGGAAUCUUGCUCGACCACGGCCCCCGAUUGCAACGACAGCGAUGCUGCCAACGCCACCGCGUCGGAUACUAGCGUUUCGUCCUCUGGUAUUCUUCCUAGUCGCCCUGAAUUGAUCAAGUCGCCCAGCAUCGUCCGUGGUUUCUCUCCCUCUCAUGUCUCUUCGUCCUACCGAUCUCAGCCAAACCUGGCUGCUGAUCCCAGCCCCGCCAAGUCAACGCAACUCAAACCGAUGAUGCCUUUCAAGAAGAAGGGUGGUAUGUUCACUCUGGGCGGCUCGUCCGGUGACGACGACGAGAGCUCCUUCGAAGACCGCAUGGCGAUGCAAGGACCACACCGUAGCUCGCUCUCCGACGAACUGGGCAAGUCCGCAAGCAACCAACCCAGCCCAAAAAAGAAGGUCACCUCUUUCAAGGAUCAAGUUGGAACUAUCAAGCCUAGCAAGGAGCGACCUGUCGUCGACAACGACGAAGAUGCUAUCGAGACCGAGGACGAAGUUUCCGAAAGCGCCAUUGAAGACGACGAGGACUCGGACUGGGAAGACUCCGUGACGGAAAGCGGCCGAUCGAGUGUGGAGGAAAACCAAAUGUUUCAACGGGUUGAUUCGCGACCGAACCUGGUUUCGCGACGCUCCAUGCUGACGAUGAUGAUGCACCAACCGGCGAAGAUGGGAGCCACUCGAUCGAGCCCAGCUUUGCAACGGUCGCGUCUGACAUCACCUAACGGACCUUCGAUCCCCGCUUCUCCGCCCGAGGAUGACGAGGAGAGCCUGACUAUGCGCGGACCCGAUGUGCCUCGCUCCAAGCCUAUCGUCAUGAAGCCUUCCCCGCAGUCGGUCGCCCAUUCCCCGCGGACAACGCGAAGAAACAUGCUUGCUACUGAGUUGACCGAGUCUCUUCGCCGCCACCUGCUCUGGGAACGGCAACAAAAGAGCACCACUGCCAACGCUUUCUUGAAACGUCGACACACUGCUCAUGACAUGGCGAACCUGCAAGAGUAUCCUGGGCCUAGUGGUACUCAGAAAGGACAGGCCCCUAACCAAGGGAUUGGCAUAACGAAUGCCAACGCGGCCAAUCAGAGCCAGGACAAGGACGUUGCGAAAACUGGCUCUUGGACCAACUACACUGAUUUCGGGCCCUGGGAGUACCACGUGAAGGGCUGGUAA